UUCUAUGAAUGUUAUUAACUAAACCAAAAGUGAAAUUACCCUGACUAGCUAGCGUCUUACGGCUAAUAAACAAGCACUGCUUUACGACAACCAGGACCUAUCCUAAUGGCUGUGAACGUGGGAGACGACGCUCUGCCUUCUAACGGGCCUAUCUGCCCGGUCUGCUUCAGGGACUACAGUGACAGCGAGGCUAACCUCAUUCCUAGGAUACUUCAGUGUGGGCACACUUACUGCACGGAAUGCCUGGAUAGACUGCUCAACACUGAGCAGGAUGAGGAUGAUUUUGAACAAGUGGUACUACAGAUUCGAUAUGGCGGACGAGAAUGGACUACAGUGAGACGUCAACCACUCCUCUCUAGAUCAUUCGCAACUUUAACUAAUGAUCUAAAAUGCCCAACGUGUAGCACAAUGAAUUUCAUUACUAAUCGCGAUGUUCACUCACUCACAAAGAACUUUGCACUCCUCGGCUGUCGUCCUGCCAACCAGAAUCAAACCAGCCGACAAAAUAGCGCGUCGUCGAAACACUUCUGCACGGAGCAUAACCACGAGAAACGUGUUUACUGUAAGUACUGUCGGGACCUAGUGUGUGCGUAUUGCCAGCUAUACGGGGAACACAAGGAUCACGACUGUGCCAUUGCCUCGGAGGCGGCUCAACCCUCUGUAGAAGCCCUCCAAGUGGCUAUGAACAGCGUGACGGCUAAUCUUCAAGAGCUUAAUGUCGGAGAGAAAGCUGUGAAUCGAGCCGAGCGCAGACUGAAGAAGAACAGGCAUCAAUGUGAGAGGCAGGUGAAGGGAUAUUUCGAUCAGUUGAUUCGAUUACUGGAGGGCAAAAGGAACGCCCUACUGAUGGAUAUUGGGACCUGGACAGAUGAGCAGAUGUAUAUCUUGAAUGCUCAGUUGCAGUCGUUGUCAUCGGCAAUUGGAGACUCUGAGAAUCUACAGAAAAUGUGUGAUUCGCUAAUUAAGGGGGAUCCCCUCGAUGCUCUCUCCCAGCAAGAUGACAUCGUUAAAGAUAUAACGGGAAUACAGUCGAGGGUUCGAGGUCUGGCACUACAGCCGCUUAUCAAUCCGUGGAUCAAAUGCGAUGUCAACGAUGUUUCUGACGAUGUGUUGUCCGAUUUAUUAAAGAAUUGCACUCUCUCGUAUGACACGGACGUGCAGUCAGGUGACGAAGCUAUGGGCUCUGAUUUUGAGCAAGAUUUUGACUCUGUGUCCGGAGACGAUAUUCUAUCUUCUAGCGAUCGCGAGGAUGAUGAUGGCCAACAGAAUCGGCUUACCCAAGAUGGUGCUGGGGCAAGCGCCAGUCCUGCCAAUAAGGGCAAGAAGUUCUACCAAGAGACGCAAGUGUUGCCCCACUGGUCGCCAUUCAGCAGCGAUGGUGCUAGCAUGAUGCCUACUCUUGACUCACCGGAUUAUUCAACAUGGUCUGCCAAACAGGCGCACUUGAACCACAGGCCCUCGUCCACACAGGGAGCUUUCCCCUCACCACCAAACAAUUCGUUUUUGUCAUCGGCUGAGAUGCCGACGUCGCAAGCUUCCGAUCAAAACUCUAUGUUUCUGAACCCGAUAUCGACUAAGGCAAAGUACACGAACCUGCUACACGUACACCCACGAUUGCGACCUCUGUCCGACCUUGAUAGCGGGUCCAACUCGGACGAUGAUGAUAAUGUAUCUUCACGUCUUUCUAUACCUCCUCUUGAUAGGCCUUUUGCACGAAACCUCAGCUCCUCUGAUUCUCACCAUAGCGAUGAAGAGAACGACUCUAGCCUGCUCAAUAUGUCUGGUCUGAUGGGUUCUUCCUAUGUCCGUUCCUCGCGGAGUGGGCUCAGAAACUCGAGAUUCUUACGUCAUGUUUUCAAUCGCUCUGUGUCUAUGGGAGAAGUCAGUGCUUCCCCUGAUGAGGAUGAGGGAGACUUGGAGCACGUGGGGGGAGGCAGGGUCACUACUGGAGAGUUGUACACCCUGGCCCCAGACCCAACACUACCUAGGAACAGCACAUGUGAGUCACCUGAUCAAGAGGACUUCACCUACGCUCACCACCUCACUACAUUGCAUGGAGAUGACACUCAGAGCAACGAGAUUGUGAUUCCUCGUCGCCAACAAUACUCAUGGAGCAAUACCAUGCCUUCAAGCAGCAUCGAGAGAAACACACGCUCUAAUUCAGCGGCUAAUCGCGGCUACACCGUUGCCAUAGAUAUGAGCCAGCUGGGGGGGAAUACUUCCGUGGAGGUGUCAGUGGGUGGGGAGCAUGGAGACACUUCAGUGGAACCACCUGAGACAGACUGAAGUGAACACUAUAAUAGCUAGUCUUGUGACUCUUGAUUAGAUUACAUGAUUAUAAUUAUGUGUUUGGCCUUAUUUUAUUCACGCUGAGUUGUACACAUGCACUGACUGCACUUUGAAUAAAUGCACUGAGAAAAUAAACAA